CUCGACCACAAGUUCGACCUCAUGUAUGCCAAGAGGGCGUUCGUGCACUGGUACGUGGGCGAGGGCAUGGAGGAGGGCGAGUUCUCCGAGGCCCGCGAGGACUUGGCUGCCCUGGAGAAGGACUACGAGGAGGUGGCCAUUGACAGUCUCCUGGAAGGCGAGGAGGAAGGCGGAGACGAGAUGUAGAGAGGCGGAGUGAGAAGACGGGAAUAAACGUAAAAAAAGGAGAAUAAUAAUGAAAUAAAAGUAAAAAUCAAGUGAAUUCGAGGAAGAAAUCGGUGGAUUGCACUGUUCUUCCCUCCUCCCCCCAUUUUUUAUUUUUUUAUUUUUUCCAUGUCUUAUUGUUUUAUUUAUAUUUCUUUUUAUCCUUCACUAUAUGAAUCUCUUGCGUAAUCCAAUUCAGUCGACCUCUUAUAUUUAUGGCUGCUGUUAUCACUUCUCUACACAAAAUAAUAUAUGUUUGAAUGUAUCAAUAAGUUUCACCAAAUUCUUUUAAAUUCAAUUAUUCUUUUUAAUUUUAUCACUUUCAACCAACCUCCUACGUGGGGGGAGGGGAGAAUGAUAAAUAAGAAAAAAAAAGUGAAAAAAAUCAAGAAUUGUGAAAUAAAAAAGGAACCAGCUUUGCGCAUGCCACUUACAACGACCAUGUCUUUUAAAAUGGAGUAUUCUCACUCCUGUAUUUUCAUUUUUUCCUCGUGUCCUUUCUCUCUCUCUCCUAUACAGUAAAAAACAAAAAACGAAAAGUGACAUUAAGAGAUUUAAAAAAAAGUCCAACAAGCGACACAAAAAAGUAUUUAGAUGAUAUCAAAAUACAAGCUUACGGUAUAAGCUCCUCCCCUUCAGACAGUGUUUUGUUUUCGAAUCUCUGCGUGUGUGUUUUUUUUUUUGAAAAUGGUCUUGGUUUUCAUUUACCAAUUACUAAGUUCCAAUCUGUCUAUCCAAACAAUGCUUAGAUCGAUGUUUUGCUACUUUUUGUAAAAGUGAAAAGGGAAAAGGCUCACCAACAAACGCCAAUAAAUGCACUAAAGCACGAA